AUGGCUACCGAAGCUGUGUUCAACUCUGCCAAAGAUGCAUGGCAUGACGCCACAGAAAAAGCCGUCACCACAAAGGAGAACGCGAAAGAAAGGUACAAUGAAGAGAAGGAAUACGGAACAACAACUGAGAGUUUUGGCGAAUGGAUUAAAACAAACACCCUGUAUUCUUCUCUGCUUACGAGGAGUAUAAGUCCAAACAAGACGCAUUCAUCGUGGCUUUUAAAGGACAUGACACCAAAAGAGCAGAUGACUGGCUGUCAAAGUAUAAUACGAUAUGGUCCCACAAGCAUCUUGGCAAGGGAGAAUAAAAGGGAUCAUAUACCAUCAUUAUCACCGACAAGGAAGUGGAGCAGUUUGAGCAGACUAUGCUGGCAUUGGAAGCAGCGAGAAAGAAGGCCGUUGAGCCCUGAGCCCUUGGGGAAGCGCAUAGGGUCGCAUCAGUAG